AUGGACGACUCGGCUGAACGAGAUAUACUCAAACGAAACGACCGUCUCCAUAAAGACAUCAGCUCUUCUAUAGAUUCGCUCGUAGAAAUCGCCAGAAAUUCACUGCUCACGGAUCACGAUAAGAAAGAUGCCUCAACUGUGACUUUUCAGAGACUCAAAUUGUGGAUUAAUGAGUUCGAGCCCUCGCCUAAGUUGCUUGAUAUCCAUUUGGCCGAGUAUAUUGACAAGUUAACAACGUUGUUCUUAUGGCUAUUUCGUCAUUCGCACCAUUCCAGCGACUUGACUAAAGGAAUAGGUGCAACCAUCUAUGAAUUGUCCAAGAUCAGAGGGUUCAAGUUUGUAACCAAUUUCUUCUCCAGUGAUUUAUACCUUGUAGGCACUCUUAUUGAUAUCGUGUCCACGCUUGAGAAUGAUAACGAGAAGUUUCUUGGUCUCAUAUGGCUCUCAAACUUGGUUCUAGUGCCGUUUCGUCUACUUGAAAUCGACUCUGAAAUGGUUGCCAGAGUUUUGCAAUUGGCCAUUACCAACUUGAAAUUGCAUUCAAAUGCUUCAAAGAACCAACUUGUAGCACUGAUCUUGCUUUCACGUCUAGUGACUAGAUCAGAUACCCCGAUAUCUCUCAGACACUACAUGCUUGAUGUAGUGGAACCGGAGUGGCAGGAGACUGGAAAACUUCAUAACGAAUCUGUAAAACUCGGUCACCUAAUGACAAUUAAUAAGAUCCUCAAGAGACCAGAGUCGGACUUGUAUGAACCAUACUUGCCCCUCAUUUACGAAUUGGUCUGUAUAGAUUUGCUAGCCUUAAGACAAGCUCCAGACUCUGUCAACAACCUCAAUAUCACCUAUUUAAUCAAAAUACUCAGCAAAUUAUCCAAAUUCUAUAUUCAUCGAGACAACUAUGAUAUGGUAGCAGCAGUGAUUAAUAACUUGUUGCAUGAUAUUAUGGACGUACUUAUCAAUAAGUUUGAUACUAAUAAUCGAUAUGCCAUGGCGAAGGCACUCGGCCAUCUUAGUCUUAGCCUUUCGCAUCCAGCAAUCAACUACCAGCACCAAUUAAUAAUACAUUUGAUUAAGCAACUAGAAUUGCCUUUGCAAAUGGACACCUUUUCAUCUCAAAUGGAGAUUAACUCAGACAAUAUUUUCAUUCCCAAAUACCAUACAAUUUUACUAUUCUUAGGCUAUAUUGCCCUCAACAAGUCGAUGCCGCUAGAAUUCGUAAAUGUGGUGCUUACCAUUGUCCACAAGACGCUCUUUAUUCGACAAUAUCGUCUUACAUCAGUUGUUGGAACUCAAUUGCGAGACACAUCUUGCUUCGUUAUUUGGGCCAUAAGUCGAAUGCUUAAACCUGCAAAUCUUGUACCUAAAGAUGCAAGCAAAAUGAUGGAAACAAUAUUUGUAGAUUUGGUUAAAGUAUCAGUUUUUGAUGAAGAACUUCUAAUUAGAAGGUGUGGAAUGGCAGUCCUCCAGGAGUAUGUGGGAAGAUUUGGUUCAAUCUUGUAUCAGUAUCUGUCCGGAGAAGAGCGAGGGAAUCGUAUAGUUUCCUUCAUUCAGCUAUUCAAUAGCCAAAGUAUCAAAACUAUACGUCUGUCUUAUGAAAUCAUCCUACAAUUACUUGAGCAACAGUUUGAUAGAAAUAUAUUUAUUGGUGAACUAUUACAAAAUUCAACAGACGAUUCUAAGUCGUAUGAGGUUAGAAAACUUAGCGCAACCUACCUAAGAAAAGUUUUAGCCUGCAAACAGAAGAAUGUGAUCAUUGGUUCUGAUCUGUUUCCUGAUUACGGUGUAUUUGAUUUCGUAACACGAUUCAUAGAGUGUGGAAAUCUCACUGCUGCUUGUGAAGUGCUUGACAAAAUCGAUGUUAAACGUGUUGAGCAUAAAUUGGUAGAGUUGAAUAGUCUGUUUUCUUUUGACUUCCACAGAGACAGUAUCGAAAAGGCUAUAGGCUACCUCAGACUUCUUAGUAAGUUAGUUGAAGGUUGUAAUUACAAGUUCCAGGAAUCGGACUGGACAAACCUACUCGAUAUUUCCCGAGUCAGGAAUAAGCACGAGGAAUUAAUACCUCUAUUCAAAGAGGUUAUCCAGGUUCAUCAUGCUACCCCAGAUUCAAUAGCAUUAAAGAUGAGAGAUUUGAUCAAGAGCAAUAAUCUAAUUUUGUCCAGAACGACUUUACAUGACUCUUCACUUCUGAAGUCUCUGUUCGAGACGAUAUUCGAAUUAGUGUAUGACACGUCUGUCGACUGUGAAAUUCGGGCAAACAUGGUUUCUUCUCUUGAUUUCUUUGUCGACACUCCAGAAUUCUUUGACGAUAUUAGGGUGGAAAACUUGCUUCAUUUGCUUGAUGAUUAUACAAUAACGAACCAGGGAGACGUCGGUUCCAAAGUUAGAUUAGCAACCCUUGGCGUGAUCAAGCAGAACUUCAGCAUGUUCGUGAAAAAAGAAGAUAUCUUGAUGGGAAAAUUGUUGAGAUUGUCAGGUGAGUUGAUUGAUAAGAUCAGAAUUAGUUCCUUUGAGUUAUUUCUUCGGGGAAUGAAUAUCCAGCAUCCCAUGAAUGCUAAUAACGACAUCGGAAAAUACUAUUCAAGUUUGUUUACUGUGUACCUCUCAAACCCAAGGGUGAGUACAUGGGCGAAUUCCUUCUGGAAAGGAGUCUGUUAUAGUAUUGGAGCUACAGCUGCUAACCGUUCAGUAAUUAACGAAUCUUUUCACCAAUUGCUAAAGUACUUGGAGUCUGGUGAUAGAUGCCAAGAUUUAAAGGAAGUGCUACUAUUACUAAAUACCACUACAAGCGUACUGGACAGGCAGUCAAAGGGCUGGGUACUGGUACUCAAUGUGUUUGUCAAGCUCUUUGAGUGUAACUAUAGGUUCCCCUCUGAUUUCCCAUUCGAGUCUUUGUAUGUGAAGUGCUACAAUUUGCAUAUCAACACCAAGAACUCAGCCAGAAUCGGAGCAGUGAUGAGAAUUUUUCUUUAUUUGAUAUUGCUGGAUCAAGUUGACUCAAACUUGAAGCUGAAGGUGACGGCUAGAUUGUUGUGGAUAUGUUGCAACCACAGGUUUGAAGGAACCAGAGAAUUAGGAAGUAGCUUGAUUUUUGAACUUGCCAAUGAGAUCAUGAGUGAAGAAGCCAUGGAAUACAUUUCUGCAAUUGACUGGAAGCAACUGCCGGCGAAACUAAAGAUUCACAUCACGGAUUUACAAAGAUUUUUUUGA